AAUAUUAAACAAUUUUGUUUGUAAAAUUGGCAUCACAGAGCUAAUAUAAAAGAUAGGGACCAUCAUGGCAUUCAUGGGCUCAUCUGAUGCCUACGAAUCGAGAACAUAUGUUUUAAAGAAUGUACCAGAUUCCUACAGCAAGGAUUUGAUCAAAGACUAUGUGGAAGGAGUUCUAGACAUUGGAGUUGAAGAGGUAGUGAUAUGCCCAUACAUAUCACGCAGGGCACUCAUCAGACUAGAGGAGGAAUUGAAAGACUACAACCAAGCCAAAAUUGACAUAAAAAAUGAAAAACUUGAAGCCAAUGAAGUGGAAUUACUGCCUGUUUCCAGAAAACCUGCAAUCGUGGUAACAGAGCUUGAUACCAUUGUGCUUUCCAUUGAGUUCCUCAAGAUGUUUCUAGAAAAUGAGUUUGCACCUGAUGAGGAGGAAAUAGUGAAAAAUUGUGUUUCAUUCCCAGAAUUUAAAAUGGCAAUUGUUGAGUUUUCCCCAAAAAACAAAACAAUUGUUGAAGAAAUUCUGUCGACACCAGAUCAUGUGCCACUUCCAUCUGAAAACUACCACAUCAAAGUCUCCCCUUUCUACAGCAAUUUCCAUGACUGUAUUGAUAGCUCCUUCUUAAACUCAGAAUCAAGUAAAAAUGAUGUAAAAUCAAGCAGACAGUCACCUCCACCACCAAUCACUGAAAAACCUCAAAAUUUAAAUAAACAGUCUCCUCCACCACCUCUGACGGAGAAACCAAAGAUUGGUGUGAAAACAUUGAUUGAUAAAUUUGAUCAAAGCCAUAAAGCAGAAGUGGAGACCAAAAGUAAAACUGAUGAAGUAGAAACAAGUUCCUCGGAUGAUGAAGUUGAUGAAAAAGUUACCUUUGACAAUGAUGAUACUGAAAAUGAUGAUGAUAGUGAUUCUGAUGAUAAAUAUUGUUCUUUUGAAAGCAAAAAUGAAUCUGGAAAUGAGUUUGAAAAAGUAGAGCAAAACAUAUCAGUAGAAAAGCCUAUUGCAGUUAGAGGUAGAGGAGGGAGAGGGGCCUUUUUAAGGGGAGGUUUUAAGCCCCCUGUUGCAGCCAAGCCAAAAUUAGAUUUGUCUCACUCAUUUAGUGGUGAUGAUACCAAUAAAAUCUCAGAUCAUGAAGAGGAAGUUCCUGUGAGCUAUCCUAGGGGCAGAGGUCAUUAUAGAGGGCGAGGUUCUUACAACAAAAACAGCCAUCAUAGAAAUACUGCUCAAGAUUCUGCUAUGGGAGGAGAUGACCAAACAAGCCACAGAAACCGCAAGCGUCGAGGCAAAAAACACAAAAAUUAUAAGGACUCUGAAACCACGCAUCACGGUGAGAACAAAAAAUUACCAUUCUCAAACGAUAACUUAAACAGAGAAAGACAUGAAAGAAGGGAUAGCUACAGACACCAAAAAGAAGAAGAACAGGAUGCUACAUUUCAACCUAAAUGGAAAUCUGAAAAAAAUUUGCUUGAUGACAAAGAAAAAGCACAAGUACCCCCAAGAAGUGCAUUCAGGGGCAGAGGAGGUAAAGCAUUUGUUGUGAGAAAACAAAGCUAUGAUGCUGGGUAUUCUAAUGAGUAUAGUCGAACCAGCCAACAAGACUUUGAUUCAAGGAAUGAUGAACACAAAUUCCCCAGAGUGAACAGUGAACUGUCUGAUCAAUCUGAUUCUCAGGUCCACCAUCUGACACAGUUAAACUCUGGACGCCAGAGAGUGGUAGAUAACUCUGAAGAAACAAUUGAAGCACAAAAAAGAGUGAAGGAACUUGAACAAAUAGUGAAAGAAAUGCAAUUAGAAAAUGAACUGUUAAAGAAAAACCCACAAAAUAUAACAGAUAAAUUAGAAAAUAUUUCUGAACUCCAGGCUUAUUUCUUACAGCCUUUCUUUAAGAAACUUGGUGAAUGUACAAUACUGUAUCAUGCAUAUGACAAAUCUGUUGUUCUCAAUGGCCCUGAGUCUGAUAUACAAGAAUGCAAGUUAAAAAUUCUUAUGGAGAUUAAGAGUAUUGUAGAUGACACAUUGAAAAUUACUCCCAUUACAUAUUCAAUUAUUUCAAGACCAAAAGGGAAACGAUUCCUUGAAGAUAUUCAGACAGAGUUUAAAGAAAUUAAGAUUUUCUUGGAAGAGCAUCAACUUCUUGUUGCAUCAAAAGAUGAAAACAUUCUAACCAAAGCUAUGUUCAAAUUGAAAGAUACUAUCAACUCUUCCCAAACAUUUAAGUCAAAUGUAGAACUUUCCAUAGACAAAUUACUGGCAUUAAAAACUUCAUUAGAAUCUGAUUUACUAGUUAGUGUAACCUGGAAUGAUGAUGGAAGAGAAAUAAAAGUUGAAGGCAUAAAAGAUGAUGUUAUGGCAUCUCAAAGAGAAAUUAAAGACCUGUUAGAUGAACAUGGAGUUACUGAAAAGAAGUUUGUGGUUAAAGGACUUGAAGCCAACUUCUUACAAAUGUGUUUUAAAGAACGGAUCGACUCAAUCCUUAGCAACCUGAAAAUUGUUUCUUAUGUCUCUGAUGAUACUGGGUUGUCAAUAACUUACAGUGGCCCAAAACUUCAAAUACUUGAAGCCUCUAAUAGGUUAAAAGAUCUACAGUCUUCUGUUGUAUCCAAGAAGUGGGAUUUGAAAGAUGACUUUAAAGCUCAUGAAAUUAUGCUGAUAACAAACAGUUUAAAAAGUGGAACUUUAAAAGAAAAGAUUGAAAAGUUUAUUUAUAAGGAGAAGUGUCUUAUUAUCACUAAAGAGCUUAGUUUUGACUUUUUCCUUGAUUCAUCAAAACACAAGUCUACAGAUAUGAAACAACUAAAGAAGACAAGAGGAGGUGUUAGUUCUACAAGAGACAAAACACCUCCACCCAAGCCAGCCUCACAUAAACUUAUCUAUGACCUCUCUAGCACUUGUAAACUUGUCAUUAAACCCUACGGAGACAUCACUAAAGAAAAUUCAGAUAUUCUUGUCUGCGUUUUGGGACCUGAAAUGGAUUUGAGAAAAACAAGAGUGGGCCAGGCUUUUAACAAAUCUUGUCAUUCGCUGUGGAAACAGUUAAAUGAUGCUAAAGAUUCUAAUCCUGGUGCUCCCAUAGUAACCAUCCUCAAUCCUAAAGGUGUCAGAUGUACCGCAAUAUGUCAUGUUGUAUUAUCACCAUAUAACCAAGCAGCAUCUGUGCAGCAACUGACUACAGCUGUACAGGGGGUUCUGAAAGAAGCACAACGACAAGGUGUUAAGUCGGUUUCAUUUCCUGCUUUGGGUUGUGGGAAAGCUUUACAGUUUCCUCCAUCUGUUGUGGCCCAGCUAGUUCUCACCAACAUCAGGGCUAUGAAUGCUGGGAGUUUUUUAAACAAGGUGGUGCUCUUAGCACCAGACAGAGAACUGUUCACAGAAUUUAAGAAAGAAGCACCAAACCACUUUAAAACAUCAGCGCCAAAGCCUGUUGCUGUUGCAGCAAGUGUACCUGUUGCACCUGUGGUCACUGCUGCACCUACUAAGGCCAGUGACAGUGAAGAGAGUGACAGCAGUUCUGAUGAUGACACGACACUUAUCCCUCUUGAUUCUAAAAAUAUUGGCAAAACAGAAAUCCAUAUCAUCACUAAAGUUGGCAGUAAUUUUGAAAAUCUGAAAACGAUGAUCAAAAAAGAGAUGACCGAUAAUUGUUUAACAGUGGAUUACUUUAACCAAGAUGUCAUGCCACAUUGGCCCAGCUCUUCUAGAAAAAAAAUCAUUGAACAUGCUAAAAAGUUUUCUGUUUGGAUUGAAAAGUCUAGACAUCCAAAAACUAAAAAAGCAGGAUUUUUUAUCAAAGGGGAAAGACAUUUGGUUGUACAGAUGAAAGUAUUUAUACAACAGGAAUUUUCUUCCAUCUCUAGCCGUUUCCCUAAGAGGUCGUUGACUUCAGACAAAGUGCCCAAACGAGGAACUUUAGAAUUUAUGCAAUAUGCUGCAGAGAGUGAUGAACUCUUCCCGUCUUACUGGAAUUUAAAUAAGUCUAAGAGCUUCUGGAAAAGACUGCAAGAUAAAAUGUCUUUAAAAUCAGCCAAAGGUAAUGUAUUGGUGAGUGUUGAUGAUGCCACAAAAUCAGCUAUCAUUAGCCUGGUAAAAAACACAAUGGAACCAGGUCUGAUAGGAGCAGGUGCUGAUGCUGCUGGAUUAAGUUACAGGAAUAUACAAGUGAUAAAUGUUGAAAGAGUUGAGAACCUUCAUUUAUUUGAGCAGUAUAAUAUGCGCAGAAAACGACUUUUUGAAAAAGCUGUGAGAACUGGAAAAAUCUGUCCUGACAUUGGCAAGUUACAAGGGUCUAAGGGCAGAGUCAGGACUACAGAACUGCUGGAUGAUAGCUUAAAGAAAGAAUUAUAUUAUGAAAUAAAUGAACACUAUCUUUUCCAUGGUACCAAGUCAGAAUACGUUGACACUUUGAUAAAUUAUGGGUUUGAUCCAAGGUUAUCAAGUGAAGGUGGAAUGUUUGGUAGAGGAAUUUAUGCAGCAGAAAAAGUUACAAAAUCUGACCAGUACACUGAUCCGAGGAGUCAGCGUGUACAAAAUGGAACGCCACUGAAACUUUUCCUGACACGAAUGCUUCUUGGCAAUGUAUUUUUGUGUGACAGUAAUCACAAGUCUGUUGCUAGCAAAGAUAGCAAAAAGCUAAGUCGGCCUCCCUGUACUCAUUGCUUUCAAGAUGUCUGUAAAUGCAAACCUCAGGUUCUUUUUGACUCAGUGAUGGGAGAUGGGAAAUGGAAUUUCAGGGAGUUUGUCGUGUAUGAUGCAAGUGAAUGCUACCCUGAGUAUGUUAUAACAUAUAAGAGGGUCUAGAACUGCGGACAAAAAUUAACAUAUAUAUCAUGAGGAGUUAUAUUAUCAUUAUUGAUUUGAUUGCAAUUGACUUGUAUAUCUAAAAAUGGUAGAAAAAUUUGCUUCCACAGUUCAAUAAGUAAUCAUUUAAACUGUUGGUGAAAGUUAUCAAUGGAAAGAUUCUAUUGUUAACAACUAUUGAUUUAAAUAAAUAUACAAAUGGCGCUUUAUUAUUCAAUAAAGCACAUAUAUUUUUUUGUUGUUACAAACAAAACAAAAUUGAUACCAUUGUAUUUUAUGCUUUGCUGUAAAUAUUUGUAUAACAAAGCCGAGUGUUUAUUUCUACAUUUUUAAUAAAUUAUUUACUUUAAAUGUUGAAGUGAAUAAUACUUUGAUUUUAUAAUUAAUUAAAGUGUAGCUAACAGCUGAAAGCAAAAUUUUUGGUUGUGUAUUUGUAGCGUACUUUCAAAACAUGUAUUGGUCAGUUGUUUUCUAUACAAACUCUUGCAGUUAUUAUUGUGUAUCUUCCCAUUUCUGUGCUUGCAUUGCAUUUAAAAAUGCAUCAGCAGUUAUUUGGUUUGUUCAAAAUUAAAAAGUUUAAACUACUUUUUACUUAAUGUCUGUUAUUGUAAACAAAUAUAAAACACAAAUUGUGUUUAAAAAUGGAAAAUUUUGUUCAACAAUAAUGAAAGGAUUACAAAACCCACCACCAAUUUCUAUGUUUUAUUUAAUCAUUCAGAAAAUAUUUACUUAGUGUGGGUUAUAUUUGUAAUUUAGGUUAUAUUGUAUUAUUUUCUAUUAAAAAAUCAGUUUGUAAUUAAGUUGUGAAUAUUAUAUUUUAAACUUUAUAAAAGCCUUUGUAAAGAUUAGUACUUAUAAUUGAUAAAUACGGGCUUGUUUAGUUUUACCAAAAACUUUCAGCUCUGUGUAGGCCCAUUAUGUCUCACAGGUCAAUAGAUUUAAUUAUUUCUUAUAUGUAGUUUAUGUAAAUGUGAAAAACUGUGGUUUUCUUAAAACUAACAAUCCAACACUAAUAAAACAUGUUGAAACUAAUUUAUUGACUUAAAUUUCACGCAUUUAAAAGAUUAGUUUCAAUUCAACUUAAAUGAUAUACAUGGAUUUUUAUUGGAUUGUAGAUGAACCUUCACUUGCUCAAUUACUCAUGAAAAGAUACAAGCAAACUACAACAGCAUCACAAGAGAAAACCUAAACUAUUAACUCAGCUCACAACACAUUGGUCAUAAUAAUCAAAAACAAUAAUUUAUCUUAUAGUUCUAAAUAGCUAAAUUUAGCAAAAAUAUAUAAAAAAUCCGUAACACUUCUGCUUUCCUAUAACAUUAUAAAAAACAAUAAACCACCCAGUAGGCUUAUCUAUAGUUACGAGUUAGACUCCUCUAUCUCAUAACAUGUGAAAAAUUUAUUUGCAAUUACUGAAUGGAUAGUUAGAUUAAUAUAGAAAAUGCAUACAUACAAUUUAUAUCAGAUCUAUAUUGUAAGGAGUUUCUAGGCUGUCUUGUUAGACUAAAAAAUAUACUUGAGCUUAAAAGCGUGAAAAAAAACCCAUUACAUUUUGCAAUUUCUAGUUCAAUUAGCUAUAAAAAUAAACAUUUGGCAUGUUACGUUUAAUUUAGAAGCAAUUCUAUAGCUUUGUAUUGUGUUAAAAAAAAUAGUGCCUAUAAAACUAUCAUACUCAUCUAGUUCAUCUAACAUUUAGUAUCAAUAAGAAUUUAAUUAACCAUUGUAACCUUGGACUGCAACGCUGACAACACAAUGAUUCAAAAUUAAUAAUAAUCUUUUCUUAUCCACUUCGUGUUAUUUUAUUUUAUUGAUCCAUAUUUGACAUACAUAAUUUUUCUGGGAGAUUUGGAGGCUGAAAUUACAUUUUUAUCCUUCUAAAAUGUUUAAAUUUCAUUGCUUUUCAAAUGUUCAUAUUUGCAGCAAACCUACAUUUUAUGCCUAAUUUAAAAUUUCAUUUCUACAAAAUGUUUGCUAAGGUUAAUUUAACAUUUGAGACAGAUUUACAAAACUUGGCAUGUGGCAAAAAUACAAGAUGGUGACAUCCUUAUCUUCAGGAAAACCAUUUACAAAUUUUAAAAAACAU